ACUUUCAGAAAAAAGGGAACAUCGAGAGGCAAGGGUUACAAAUAUUCUUUCCUGCAUUUUUCACUGUGUCAAGGUAGACAAAGUAGGCAAGUAGACAGACCCUGCUCUAUCCAGGGACUAGCUUCUCAAGAAGCAGUGAGAUACAGCAGAAUGAAGUCUGGGUAUCUUGUCCCAUUAUGGUUGUUAGCAGCCCUGUCCACUCUAGCACUAGACUGCUGUGUUCUUCAUUGCAAUGCAUCCGGAGAUAGUAGCUAUAAUGCUGCUUCACGAUUCGCCAUAACCCAGAAAGCCAUCAACUCAGCUGCUGUGGGAGCCCAUAGAAUCCUGGAGCAUGAAGUGAGGCGCUUGACGUUCAAGGAAGUCAGCGGAAGAGCAAGUUUGGUUAUAGCGGAUGUAGACUACAGUCUAAGCCACAUCAUCAUCAACCACAUUGAGUUAUCGCGCCUUGCCAUCACAAUUGUGGACAACAAAGUUGGCCUUCAACUCGCUGCCUCUGGAUCUAUGAAGUUGAACAGCAAGUUUUCAUAUCAUUCUGAUGGCAGUUUGGGCGUUGCUGAUGCGGGUGUCAUUCACAUGUCUAUCGAUAACUUUGAUAUCGAGCUCGAAUUCAAGAUUGAUGUGAAGGCUGGAGGUGAUCAGAUGGACAACGAUGGCCAUAUCGUUACAAGAAUAAAUCAUCCGCAAACAAAGGUUAAGAUACAGAAAGUCAAUGUGGACAUUGAAGGCCAUGGAGAGGCAUUCUACAAGAUUCUACCACUGAAUGAGAUCAUCAGAGUUGAACUCGAGCAACAGCUCAAGGAUCAUCUUCUUACGUCUCUCCAAGGAGGAAUUCUCAAUCAGGCUUUUCAACAUGUCUACGUUGGCCGUCCAAACCAAGGCAAGAUCUGCCUAAAUCAGGCACUCACCAGAGAGGAACCGGAAUACCGACACAAACAGUUUAUUGACUUUUUCCUGGAGGGUAACUACAUUGACUGUGGAUACCCCAAACCUGCCUGUGCAGCAAACAUGUGCCCAAAGAUGCCGGCAUUGGAUGAGACUGGCACUCUAGAACACAUGUUCUAUAGUGGUUUCACCAAUGAGAGCUACCACAGUCUCAUUCAGAAACUGGUCCAGCAUUAUUACUCACAUAUUGAGCUGACUAAGAGAGAAAACCGACGAGACCUGGAAGAUUUCAAACCUGUGCUGGGAAAUGAUCUGACUGGACUGAAGGCAACAGUCGUACACCCUAAUGAUACCAUAGUUCUCUUUCAAGCACCAGCCAGUCAAGACGCUACCAUGCUUAUUACAGUUCCUAUUAAUUUGGAGUUCACCACAGCUGGUCGUCAACCAGAUAAAGCAGAUACAACGCAUUCACUCAAUGUGACAGUAACAGUAUCUGCGUCCAAAUUCAACGGAACCGACGGAUAUAUAACUUAUCCAAAACACAGAGAGACCUACCAGCGUAUAUGGCCAUUUCUCAACAGUAUUCAGGUACAAUGUACAGGGGAUAAGACCAGCUCAGUGCAAAUUAUGAAAGCCUGUGAUCAGAUUUCAAAAAUGAAUGAUGCGUCAGACAAGGGAAACCUCUGGAAGAAGAUCAAAACAAUGGCCCAAGACAUCAUGAAGGAGAGGUUCGACUUACACACUAUGAAAUCCUAUGAUAUUCAAGUCAAGAACAUACAGCCCAAGAUCUAUGAUGGCUAUUUUCAAUUCAGCUAUGAUGCUCACCUCCUGACCGACUAGACUCAUCACCGAUCCCACAAUGACAAUCUGACAAUUCCGAUAACCAUCACCAUCAGUUUCAUUCCUAUAACCAUCACCAUCAGCCUUGUCAUGAUGUCAUUGCUGUAAGCCUGUAACCAUCAUUUCCCUUGCCAUAACCACCGCCAUCAUUGUUGUGGAUAUCAGCAUUGUAACCAUGACUACAUCACCGCUCCAUAACUAUCACCAUCACAAUUCUAAUUUCUGCCAAUAGCCAAAAAUGCAUGACAAACUACACUGAUAUCAUUAUCACUGCCUCAGAAAUGCUUACUAUCCAACAACUACCGGCCUGCUGUUAAUUCUACACCUCCAUCACAGUAUCCUCAACUUAGCAUCACUCAUCAUUACCUUUUGCCUUGUCGAGUGCAAACACUUAUUUUAUCACUGGCCGCGAUGAUUCUCAUUCCUCACAGCAUACUCGUAGUACAAUGUAUAUUACUUUCUCGCAUACAUGUACAUCGCACACGUGCUACCAGCACACAUGUGUGAUAUGACAGUGUCAUCGGCAACAGAGUCUGAGCAGACAGCUACUUUUUCUUCACCUUCCUAUCAUCAGGCUAUGACAAGAAAGAUGCAUACCCACCUUGCACUCCUAGGACCCAUGCUUGCAUUUCAACCACCAUUGACUUUAGCAUACCCGUACUCGGAUUUUCUCACAAGCUAAAGAAAUUCACAAAGCCA